CUAUUCAAACUGCGCACUGUGGGGACUUUAAAUGUCCAUACGGAGGGGCAGCUGGGUCACACGUUUAAAUAUCCUCGAGCGCGGCCGACCGUGGGGAAUCUCGGGUGGGAGCUUCACGCUGGAUCGUGUCUGCUGAUCUACGGUUUUGUUUUCUCUGGGAGUUUCGGACCCGCGAUGUCGGACGUGCAGCUGUCCAGCAGCGCCCUCGAGCGCACGGCAGCGCGCAGGACCUUCCCGCUGCACGCACGCACCGGGGCGUGCCGCAGCCUCUUCGGACCCGUGGACCACGACGAGCUCGCGCGGGAGAUGAAGUCCAAGCUGCGGGAGAUCUCCGAGCGGGACCGGCGCCGCUGGAACUUUGACUUCGACACGGACACGCCUCUGCGCGGGCAGUUCGAGUGGGAGGAGGCGAGCGUGGACGCGGUGCCCGUCUUCUACCGGGACUCGGUGCAGAGGGGCAAGGCGAGGAUCCCCGUGGCGGCUCUACCCAGGGGCUCCAGGGACUGCAGCGGCCGGGAGGCGGGCGCCCUCAGCCGUGUGUCCAGCCCCGAAGCCACGGGCGCGCGCAGCGCAGAGCUCAACCGGGAAAACCGCGCCGAGCAGCUGAACUCAGGGAAGCCGCAGCGCAGGGCGCUCGUGUGUAUCCCGCGGAAAAGGGCGUCCACGGGGGACCUCAGCUCCAGCCGCAUCAGCGAUUAUUUCGGCAAGAAGAAAAGGACCUCGGAGACGAAGCAGGGCACGAGUCCUGUCCCGGUUCCCCUCGAGCAAACCCCGCGCAAGAGGAUCAGAUAAAGGUUUUUGCACGGCGAUACUGUGAAGACGUCAUCUUCCGCCCCCUGGACAGAGGGACCAGAAAGCGCGUCCACCCAUCCGCGUGCGUGGCGCGCCGUGCGCGGCCCCGAGGCGCACCCCAGUCGGACUCUCAGGACUCGCAGAAGGACUUUAUAACGCAGAGAAAAUGUAGCAGGCCGGUGGUCCUGAUGGAGCCACUGGACAGUGUUAAAUACAUCAUCAAGUGUGCAAUCUUUCAUAACUCUAAUAAAUGUCUACACUGGCCAAAAGUGUACAGCUUUAAAA